CCUCUUUGCUCUCUCUCCACCGGGCGGGUUCACUCGGGAGCUCCCGCCUCGCUUGUGCAAAAAAGGGGGCGGGAGGCCGCAGCAACAUGGCGCUCGUGCCGUGCCAGGUGCUGCGCGGCGCCAUCCUCCUCUCCUACUUCUCCAUCCUGUGCAACUACAAAGCCAUCGACAUGCCCGCGCACCAGACCUACGGAGGCAGCUGGAAAUUCCUGACGUUCAUUAAUUUGGUUAUUCAAGCGGUCUUUUUCGGAAUCUGCGUAUUGACAGACCUUUCCAGCCUCCUUACUAAAGGAAAUGACAGCCAAGAACAAGAAAGACAACUAAGAAAACUCAUUUCCCUCCGUGAUUGGAUGAUGGCUGUCUUAGCUUUCCCUAUUGGAGUUUUUGUCGUAACAAUGUUUUGGAGCAUCUACAUCUAUGAUAGAGAACUAGUUUAUCCAAAGCUCCUUGAUAAUUUUAUACCACCUUGGCUGAAUCAUGGAAUGCAUACAACCGUUUUGCCUUUUAUAUUAAUUGAGAUGAGAACAACACAUCAUGAAUAUCCCAGCAGGACCUGUGGAUUGGUUGCUGUAUGCACCUUUUCAGUUGGCUACAUAUUGUGGGUCUGUUGGAUUUAUCAUGUAACAGGUGUUUGGGUGUACCCUCUCUUGGAGUACCUUGGCUCAGGUGCUAAAAUUAUCUUCUUUGCUACUGUAACUGCAAUAAUUAACAUCUUCUACUUGCUGGGUGAGAUCCUAAACAACUGCAUCUGGGAUACACAAAAAUGUAUGGAAGAAGGAAAGGAAAAGCCUAAAUUGGACUGAACAUGAAGGAGGAAAACAAGAUUUGCUGCUACACAGAAGACAUCUCAGUGUCAAGAGAUUGGCCAUUUACAUGAACAGUGCAUCCAGGAUACUUUUAUUUUUUCUUUAAAAAGAAAAGGGAUAUUGAUUUAUUGUCCCACUCCUUCCUGAUACCUGCCUCUGCCCUUAACACUAUAUAUGAUAGAUUUCUCCACGACUCUUCUACACAUGUAAUUAUGUAUGUUGUUAUGUUAAGUGUCUUUCCUGUGGCAGCAUUACUGGAGUCUGCUCUAGCUCUGAUUUGGAAAUCAGGUUAGGCAGGCCAAAAGUAAAUCAGUGGGGAAAUUGUUUGCAUAUCUAGCUGUAUCAUAAAGCCACGUCUUCAAAAGAGUGGAAAACUUAACACACACAUGCAAAUAUUUUGAACCAGGGAGUUCUGUGGAAUUAACAAAUCAGAGAGUUCUGUGAAAUUUUAAUCAUCACGUUAUGGACAAGAAGUGUUUGGGACAAUGGGGGUCAACUUGGGCUAUAAAAUUGUUAAAACAAACUGAUUUAACUCAGUGCUGCUAAAGUACAAAACCACAUCAAUAAAAAACAAAAAUAGUC